AUGGGCAAGAAGUUGAGACAAAAGGCUGCCAAAUACACCCCGCCACGCAACAAGAACGCUUUCGCAUUCCGUGAGGAAUCAUCCAACAACCACACCGGUCAGUCCCACGAUCCACCCAUGGCCACCUCUCCUUACUUCUCGUUGAGAGACGAACUUCAGAGCACAGAGAAGCAUGAGUGGACCAAGGAGUCACGCCUACGAGACCACAAGAUUUCCUUUGUCAGCGCUGGCUCCAUGGCUCCGCUAGACGAGCCCAAGGUUGACAAGCCAAUUUCCAAGAAGAUCCAGCACAACGCAGACCACGACAGAGAUCUGCACGGCUCCGAAGACGCAAUGGCGCAGAUGGACAUAAACGCUGAACCUUCUGUUGCCAUUCCAUCAUUGGACGGCGUUGAUGAGGUUGAUAUGGAAAUUGACGAGACAGUUAGCAUCCACGCCCAUGCCGAAGUCACAAUUCCUAUCGAACAGCUUCCUCGACAGCAGCAGCCUGCACCUUCGCCGCCAGCCCAAGUUGAAGACGCUCCCAUGUUCUUUGUCGACACAGCCGGAGACGAAUCGCUCGCCUUCAAGGGUCCCAAGUCCGCUCCUGCCCCUCGCGCCCGCGCACCUUCGCCUGCAAGAUCGUCAUCAAGUGACGAGGUCGUCUUCCGUGGACGCGCUGGUGUAACCAUCAGAGACGACCCUCCUGCCGUUGCUCAAAAGCCAGUAUCGAAGCCUGCACCCAAGCCAGCAUUCAAAUCAUCAUCAACGCCUGUCGCUCAGCCCACACCUCAAGUCAACCCUCAAUUGGAAAAAUUCCUCAAGUCGCUGGACAACCCUCCAGACUGGGCGAAAGAUAUGUCAGAAAACUCAAAGUCUAGAGAUUCUCCGAUACAGCCUGCAGAACAAUGGCCGUCUAUGGAAGAGGCAAACGGUUUCGCUGACCGUCUCGACCAAGACCUCAGUGGAGUCCAUGCUUCGCGCAAGUCCAAGAAGAACAGGAAAAAGCAGAAUCGCAUAUUCCGUCUCGAGCAGGAUCUCGAGGAUGAGCUGUUGCGCGACUACAUCGACAACAUCGCUGCAGAGGACAUGCCUACCCGCGCUCGCGGCCUGGGUGGCGACUCUGGAGACGACACGGACGAGUUCUUUGACGAUCUCUUGAACGAGGAAGAGAAGGACCCGGAUGAUGUUGAUGUCACUGGCCUCGAGGAUGAGUGGGAAGACGAAUCUGACUCAGAGGAGGAUGAUGAUGAUGAGGAAGAUGACGAUGACGACGACGACGAUGAUGGAAGCGAAGAUAGCUCCGAACUCGAGGAACGCUUAGCGCGCGAAGAGCGUGAGGCAUGGGAGGAUGACGCCGACAUCAGAGAGCGACGUGCACAGGCAAUGACAGACGAAGAGCUGGCUCUCCUGUUUAUGAAGCAAGAAGAGCUGGGCAUCGACGGCGACGACAUUAUGCUCUACGACGAUCGCUUUGGAGAUGUCGAUGGUGCUCGCGCAGGUCUGGCAAGUUACGCUGUCAAGCAAACACCCAAGAGUGGCAAGAAGAAGAAAGGCGGAAGAAAGAGCGACAACUUCCCCGACGCCACUCUCAUGGCAGACGUCUUGGAGCAGGACGCAUACGGCGGCUUCGACGUUAUGGAUUACGACCGUCCUAGUCUGAGAAAGAAGAACAAAGGCCGCAAGUCUGGCCCACUUCCUGAGGAGCUCGGCUUGUCAGACUCGGACUUGGUCGAGGAGUUGCAAAACCAAUGGGCCAACGACCGCUCAAAGAAGGCCAGCAAGAAGGCUGAGCGUGAGGAGCUGCGCCAGCUGGGCUUACUCGGCAAGAAGAACAAGUUCAAGCCUGACAUGAACAUACGCUAUAGCGAGGGCAUCACCAUGGGUCAGGUCAGGUUUGAGCUUCAAGACUUCUUGGAGCAGGAUGACUUUAUGACAAAGGCAUUCCCGCCAAUGUUAAAGAACGACCGCAAGGUGCUCCACGAGAUUGCCAACCACUUCAACCUCAAGUCCAAGUCCGUCGGCAGCGGCAAGAACAGAGCUCCUGUUCUCGUCAAGACAUCGAGGACCAUCGAAUGGAGCGAGCAACACUUCAGCCGCGUCUCGAACAUUGUUAGCAAAGGAUAUAUGAAGAACUCGUCCAGGAAGCCCAAGGUUACCGGAGCCAGCGAGGUCAGGAGAACCAGGCAGAUGGGCGGCGGUGGCGGCGGUGCAGCUGCAUAUCGCAAUGGUGAUGUCGUCGGUCACAACGCAUCAGAGAUUCCAGAGAGCAACUUCGGCAGAAAGCUCAUGGAAAAGAUGGGUUGGGCAGCCGGUAUGUCGCUCGGAAAGGAAGGCUCUGGUGGUCUCCUUGUUCCCGUGCAGGCUACCGUCAAGUCAGGCAAGGCUGGUCUGGGCUAG